AUGUCUCUACGUAAGGUAAUGAAGGGCGUACCGUUGGAUAUUUUGCCAGCUGAAGGGUUGCUAUACCGUGACGAAGCGUUGACUCCAUGCCAACGAGAAUGUACAGCCAGACUUGGUAUAACACACCAGAUUGAACAAGAAUCAUACUUGUCUCGUCACCCAGAGGUCCGCGCUAUGCUUGAAAUGUUUGUCAGUAAAGUGACAAAAGAUAAUAAGCGGAAAGGUGUUUUGAAGGAAGCCGCGGAAUAUUUCAGCAGACCCAUCGCGGAUCUUGAAGCAGAUAUAAGAGAACGCCUCGGGAUUACUGAGGGAAAUUCCUAUAUACGGGUAUCUUGGUUUUUUGUUUUCCCUUGUAACUCAGAAAUUAUAUGUAAGGAUGACACUCAGCAAUUUAAAUUCGAGGAUGAGGACCUAGCAGGUGAUUUAAAGAAAAUAAUUAACAGGAAUUACCCCGAACCGCUUCAUAAGAUGCCAUCGCCAGUAGCGUCUACUAUCAAUACAGAGUCGUCGUCUUUUAUAUCGAUUAUUACUUCGGACACUACAUUGCCCACACCAGAACCAAUACCUACACCUGACCCCACGCUAUCAGAAACUUUAUUCGCCCUCGUCUCCAAUACUGUGGAUAAGGCAAUAUUCUUGCACGUCGACGAGCCAGCGCUACGAUUUGACACUGCUUACGUUGAACUCAAGAAAGCCGUCGAAGAAGCAAUGGAAAUACCGGUUAUAGAAAUAAAAGAAGAUAUCGCGGAAUUGUAUUAUAAUGCGUACAAAAUGUUCGAGGUUAACAUUUUGGAGAAGGAGCGUAUUGCCGCUGAAAUCGCCUGGGAGAAAAGGAUGCGUAAAAAAUUGAAGAGAACACUUAGGCGCCAGGCGAAUUUUAAAGGCUACGAAACGCCCCCAACUCCAAAAAGCGUGCUCUCUUCACACGAAAGUUAUAAAAAACCACCACCACGGCCGUGUGUUUGUCAUCCAAAGUUUGAAUAUAAUCGCUACCCAAAGGAUCGCUUUGGUAUAUACCUACCGCGAGCAACGGGUUUCAGUGACGCAAACGUCACAGUGACACCGGCGAUUUCCUUAGAAAGUAUUCUAGAUGAAAACGUGGACACGACGUCGAUUAUGAGUAAAAAGUCAGCGGUGUCCGGCAAAAGUACCGUCGGAAGAAAAACUACAUUUAAAGAGUGA